CUUUAAAGAAAACAAAAGAAUUUCUUUCUGUCUUGGAAAACAGAACGAGCCCUCAUCUUGUUCACGGUCCAGUAGACAAUUGAGAAUGGGAAGAGAGAGACAGAAAGAAGCAACGAGACAAAAAUGAUUGAUCUUGAAAUCUCUUAGAAAGGAACACUUCUCCCUUCUUCUUCUUCCACACUCGCCACCCACCAUUUUCAGCUGCUUAGCUUGCUGGUUACCGGUGAGCUAAGAAACCAACACCAACACGCUUGGAGAAGAAAAUUAUCAGCAAAACUUAUCCCCAGCAAGAAGUUGUCACUCACUGGAGUAGUCACAGAGAGUGUUGAGGAGCUCAGUAUUAUCAGCAGGCAAGAACGUUCAGGGAAAGAUGUCUACUUCAAGACCUAGUCAAGCCUCCAGCAACUCUGGGAGAGCAAGGCACAGCGCUAGAGUUAUUGCUCAGACCACGGUGGAUGCAAAGCUUCAUGCGGACUUUGAGGAGUCGGGCAGUUCUUUUGACUACUCGAGCUCAAUGAGAGUAACCAGUUCCCUCCCUGGACGUCAACAACCUAGGUCCGACAAAGUAACCACGGCUUAUCUUCAUCAUAUCCAGAAGGGCAAGGUGAUCCAGCCUUUCGGCUGCUUGCUAGCACUGGACGAGAAGUCGCUGAAAGUGAUUGCAUACAGCGAGAAUGCUCCGGAAAUGCUGACGAUGGUUAAUCAUGCAGUACCAAGUGUGGGAGACCAUCCAUUUCUGGGCAUUGGAACUGAUUUGAGGACUAUCUUCACAGCACCUAGUGCCACUGCCUUGCUUAAGGCCCUUGGAUUUGGGGAUGUUGCUCUGCUGAAUCCCAUCUUAGUUCAUUGCAAGACUUCAGGGAAGCCUUUUUAUGCUAUCGUCCAUCGGGUAACUGGUAGCUUGAUAAUUGACUUCGAACCUGUGAAGCCUUAUGAGGUGACUACGUCAACGAAGGGUGCGCUGCAAUCGUACAUGCUUGCUGCUAAAGCAAUAACUCGGUUGCAAUCAUUACCUAGCGGGAGCAUGGAAAGACUUUGCGACACCAUGGUUCAGGAGGUGUUUGAGCUUACCGGAUAUGAUAGGGUGAUGGCUUACAAAUUCCAUGAUGAUGAUCAUGGGGAAGUUGUCUCUGAGCUCACAAAGCCCGGAUUGGAGCCGUACUUGGGUUUGCAUUAUCCAGCAACUGAUAUUCCACAGGCAGCACGAUUCCUGUUUAUGAAAAAUAAGGUUAGGAUGAUUGUUGAUUGCCGUGCAAAGCACAUCAAGGUACUUCAAGAUGAUGAACUUCCAUUUGAUCUGACCUUAUGUGGUUCUACCCUGAGGGCCCCUCACACUUGUCACUUACAGUACAUGGAAAACAUGGACUCUAUUGCUUCGUUGGUUAUGGCUGUCAUUGUGAAUGAGGGGGAUGAUGAUAGUGACAUUACUAGCUCUGAACAGCCCCAGAAGCGAAAAAGGCUUUGGGGUUUAGUUGUAUGUCAUAAUACUAGCCCGCGGUUUGUUCCAUUCCCUCUUAGGAGUGCUUGUGAGUUUCUAGCUCAAGUAUUUGCUAUCCAUGUGAAUAAAGAGCUAGAGUUAGAAAAUCAGAUGGUGGAAAAGAAUAUCCUUCGUACUCAGACACUAUUAUGUGAUAUGUUGAUGCGUGAUGCACCGUUAGGUAUUGUAACACAGAGUCCAAACAUUAUGGAUCUAGUGAAAUGUGAUGGUGCUGCACUAUUUUACAAGAACAAGGUGUGGAGGUUGGGUGCAACACCUAGCGAUUUCCAGAUACAAGAUAUUACUCGCUGGCUCUCCGAGUACCAUAUGGAUUCCACUGGUCUGAGUACGGAUAGCUUGUAUGAUGCAGGUUACCCAGGAGCUUUGGCUCUUGGUGAUGUGGUUUGUGGAAUGGCAGCUGUGAGAAUAACUUCUGGUGACCUUCUAUUUUGGUUCCGUGCUCAAACUGCAUCUGAAGUUCGAUGGGGUGGUGCAAAGCAUGAACCUGGAGAGGAAGAUGACGGAAGGAAAAUGCACCCAAGAUCUUCUUUCAAGGCAUUCCUUGAAGUUGUCAAGACAAGGAGCUUGCCUUGGAAGGACAAUGAAAUGGAUGCCAUCCAUUCUCUGCAGCUUAUAUUAAGAAAUGCAUUCAAGGAUGGCGAGGCCUUAGAUGUGGAUACAAGAAUGAUUCACACAAGGCUUAGUGACCUAAAAAUUGACGGGAUGCAAGAACUAGAAGCAUUGACCGGUGAGAUGGUCCGUUUGAUCGAAACAGCUACAGUGCCAAUCUUAGCAGUUGAUGUUGAAGGUCUUGUCAAUGGGUGGAAUUCCAAAAUUGCCGAGUUAACUGGUCUUAAUAUUGAUGAAGCAAUAGGAAAACAUUUGUUGACCCUUGUGGAAGAUUCUUCAAUAGACUCAGUGGAGCAGAUGCUAUCUUCCGCAUUGCAAGGUGUAGAGAGGAGCAAAAUGUCGAAUUCGAGAUAAAAACUCAUGGUUCCAGGAGUGACUUUGGUCCCAUUAGAUUAGUUGUGAACGCUUGUGCAAGUCGAGACCUUCAAGAGAAUGUUGUAGGGGUCUGCUUUGUGGCUCAAGAUAUCACUGGGCAUAAAAUCGUUAUGGACAAAUUCACCCGUAUAGAAGGUGAUUACAAAGCAAUUGUACAGAAUCCAAAUCCAUUGAUCCCUCCAAUAUUUGGAAUUGAUGAAUUUGGCUGGUGCUCCGAGUGGAAUACAGCCAUGAUGAAGCUCACUGGUUGGAAGCGAGAAGAGGUACUGGAUAAAAUGCUGUUAGGGGAGGUGUUUGGGACCAAUGUGGCAUGUUGUCGUCUCAAAAACAAAGAAGUGUUUGUUAAUUUGGGCGUUGUACUAAAUAGUGCAAUGACCGGCCAAGAACCUGAGAAACUGUCCUUUGGUUUCUUUUCACGGAAAGGAAAGUAUGUCGACUGCUUGUUGUGUGUCAGCAAAAAGUUGGACCAAGAGGGUGCAGUGAAUGGAGUGUUCUGCUUCCUGCAGCUAGCUAGCCAAGAGCUGCAACAAGCGCUUCAUGUUCAGAGGUUGUCAGAGCAAACUGCACAAAAGAGGUUGAAAACAUUGGCUUACAUAAAAAGGCAGGUUAGAAAUCCUCUGUCUGGAAUGAUAUUUUCCCGGAAAAUGAUGGAGAGCACCGAGCUGAGAGCAGAACAGAAGCAGCUUCUGCAUACCAGUGCACAAUGCCAACGUCAGCUUAGUAGGAUCAUUGAAGACUCAGAUCUCGAUAGCAUCAUUGAAGGGUGCUCGGAUCUGGAAAUGGUUGAGUUCACUCUGCAUGAAGUACUGGUUGCCUCUAUCAGUCAAGUUAUGAUGAAGUGCAACGGGAAGGGUAUUCAAAUAGUUAACGAUGUAGCAGAAGACAUCAUGGAUGAGACCUUAUACGGAGAUAGCAUUCGGCUUCAGCAGGUGUUGGCAGAGUUCUUGCUGAUAUCGGUAAACUUCAUGCCAACGGGCGGACAGCUUACUGUAGCAGCUAACUUGAGCAAGGACCAGUUAGGGCAGUCUGUACAUCUCGUGAAUUUGGAGCUAAGGAUAAUGCAUGGCGGUUCUGGGGUACCUGAAGGAGUAUUGAGCCAAAUGUUUGACGUGGAUGGCGAUACCUCAGAGGAGGAGGAGGGUGUCAGCUUGCUGAUUAGCCGGAAGCUGGUGAAGCUCAUGAAUGGAGAUGUGAAGUACCUAAGGGAGGCUGGGAAGUCGAGUUUCAUAAUCUCGGUUGAACUCGCCACUGUCGCAACUCCUGAACCCUAAAUGCUUCCCUGCCUUCUUCUUUUGUAACGAGUAUGUAACUCAAAAGGGAGUCCUUUGGUGCAGGGUAUGUGCGGAUAAACCUUGAGAGUGGCGAGGUUGGAUGGUGUUGCUGUGAACAAACCUUUGUUGUUGUUGUUGUUGUUGUCCCCGUUGUUGUUAUGGUGUUAGUAGAGGUGUGUUGUGGCAAUAAUACCAGGAACACUGCAG